AUGGCAUGUUCUUUUUCAACAUCAUCAACAACAACACAACCUCGUUUUACCAAACUUAAAACCGCAAAAACCUGCCACCACCUCCACCAAUGGAAACAGCUCUCUUUCUUGUCUCACACUAAACCUUCUCCUUCACCAAUCUUCAAACCCAAAAGGGUUUCAAGGUUAGAACCUUUAAGAGUGAUCAAGUGCGAGAAAGUCGUUGGUAUUGACCUGGGCACCACAAAUUCAGCUGUAGCUGUGAACGAGGGUGGGAAGCCAACGAUAAUACCAAACGUGGAGGGGCAGAGGACGACACCAUCGGUGGUGGCGUUCGCGAAGAGUGGAGAUACGCUUGUGGGCCAGAUAGGGAAGAGGCAGGCUGUGAUAAAUCCGGAGAAUACUUAUUUUUCUGUGAAAAGGUUUAUAGGGAGGAAGUAUAAAGAAGUUGAAGAGGAAGCUAAGCAGGUUUCUUACAAGGUUUUUAGAGAUGAAAAUGGAAAUGUCAAACUUGAGUGUCCUGCUCUUGGAAAACGGUUCGCUCCUGAGGAAAUUUCUGCUCUGGUGUUGAGAAAGCUUGCUGAUGAUGCAUCGAAAUUCUUAAAUGAUAGAGUUUCUAAAGCUGUGAUAACGGUCCCAGCUUACUUCAAUGAUUCACAAAGGACAGCAACUAAAGAUGCUGCUCAAAUUGCUGGUUUAGAAGCUCUUCGAAUUAUCAAUGAACCAACUGCUGCCGCAUUGGCUUAUGGAUUUGACAGAAAGAAAAAUGAAACGAUUCUUGUAUUUGACCUUGGUGGUGGCACUUUUGAUGUUUCAGUUCUUGAGGUUGGAGAUGGAGUGUUUGAGGUCCUGUCUACUUCAGGUGAUACACAUUUAGGAGGUGAUGAUUUUGACAAGAGAAUUGUUGAUUGGCUUGCUGAGAGCUUUAAGAGAGAUGAAGGAGUGGAUCUUCUGAGAGACAAACAAGCUCUUCAACGUCUCAUAGAGGCUGCUGAGAAAGCAAAGAUAGAGCUCUCAUCCUUUUUGCCUUUCAUUACAGCUACUGCAGAUGGCCCCAAACACAUAAAUGUCACUUUGACAAAGACUAAGUUCGAAGAAUUGUGUGCAGAUCUGCUGGACAGGCUGAGAGGUCCAGUUCAAACUGCACUGAAGGACACGAAGCUUUCCCUCCAAGAUAUUGAUCAAGUGAUCCUUGUUGGCGGUUCAACACGUAUCCCAGCAGUUCAGGAUCUUGUGAGGAAAAUGACUGGAAAGCAACCUAAUGUAACAGUCAAUCCCGAUGAAGUUGUAGCACUUGGAGCUGCAGUUCAGCUAGCUGUUUUAGCUUUGCAAUAUCUGGUGGUGCUGAAUCAAGUUUACCUGUUAGUGUACUGUCAAACUCAAAUUAGUGAUCUCUCUGACCAGGCUGCUGUUCUAGCUGGAGAAGUUGAUGACAUUGUCCUCCUGGAUGUGACACCACUGUCCCUAGGGCUAGAAACUAUGGGUUCGGUAAUGACCAAGAUCAUUCCAAGGAACACAACUAUACCAACCUCCAAGUCAGAGGUGUUUUCCACUGCUGCAGAUGGACAGACAACCGUGGAGAUAAAUGUCUACCAGGGUGAGAGAGAAUUUGUAAGGGAUAACAAAUUCCUUGGAAGCUUCCGCCUGGAAGGUAUCCCUCCUGCACCACGUGGAGUUCCACAGAUCGAAGUCAAAUUUGAUAUUGAUGCCAAUGGUAUUCUUUCCGUCACGGCUGUUGACAAGGGAACAGGAAAGAAGCAGGACAUCACCAUAACGGGUGCUAGCACCCUGCCUAGUGAUGAGGUGGAGAAAAUGGUGAGAGAAGCAGAAAAAUUUGCAAAGCAGGACAAGGAAAAAAGGGAUGCAGUAGACACUAAGAACCAGGCCGAUUCUGCUGUUUACCAGACAGAAAAGCAGCUGAAGGAGCUGGGAGACAAAGUACCUGCUGCAGUUAAGGAGAAAGUGGAAGCUAAACUGAAGGAGCUUAAGGAUGCUAUCUCGAGUGGGGUUACCCAAGCCAUUAAAGAUGCAAUGGCUGUCCUCAGCCAAGAAGUCACGAAGCUGGGGCAAUCCUUCUAUGAUCAGGCAGGUUCUCCAGGUGCUGGACCUGCACCCGGCAGUGAGGCUGGGUCUGGGUCAUCAAGGUCAACAGGGAAAAGGGAUGAUGGAGAUGUCAUCGACGCAGAAUUCACUGAGAGCAGGUGA